GAGUAAAAUGGCUUUCCCUGCAGAUUAAUGCGACAAAUGAAGCAGCAAAAGCAGGCCUUCGAAGUCGUUCAAAGUUUUUCUUGUCUUGACAAUCUUUUUGUGGUUUUAAAUCUCUGAAAAUCCCAAAACUAUGAGCGUAAAAUCGUCGAUUAUUUAAUAAAUUACGAAAGCAGUAAUCAUGAAUCGAAAUUAUCGAGCGCAAGGAAGAAGUACGGCCCACAUUCUGCAAUUAUUUAAUAAACAAAAGCCCAAGUCUCCAGAACCGGUCCCGGAGGAAGUAAAAUUUCCAGAUACGAAGGCAGUUAUUGAGUCCACAAAUUCUUCACCUCCACAGAAAAAUGCAGCUUCCGAACUCAAUUCGAGCGAUAAUUUAAUUAUUUUCAAUGUUCUUAUUGGGAAAAAAUCUAACAAAAAGCACAAAACAUGGGAUGAAGAUGGAAUUUUAGAAGUUUGUGGAACUAAAGCUACGUUGAAGGAUUUACAAGGCAAAGUUAUAGGAAAAUUAUCAGUAACAGCAGAAACGGCAAUUGAAGGUUCAAUACUGUCAAUGGGCGGCAAAGAAAUACAAAUAAUUGAUAAAGCCUCUCACCCAAGCUCUUCAAAUCAAAAUAAAAAGGAAGAACGAAUUUCAGAGCCACCCUUGAAGAAAUUAAAAACUCAUCACAAAUUUGUACCGCUGAAAAAAUCCGGCAAGUCCCUUCUCCUGAGUUUCGAGCCUCUGAUAAUGCCGCGUCCAAAUGUGGAAAUACAAUGGUCAGAAGAGAAUCUCGAAAUUCACGACGUGUCCCUGGACGCUUGUUUAGCUUCCGUUGUCCGGCCUCAUCAGCGACACGGCUUGGUCUUCCUCUACAAAUGCAUAAUGGGGAUGAACGAUCCGAAUUGUUUCGGGGCCAUUUUGGCUGACGAAAUGGGUCUCGGAAAAACUCUGCAGUGUGUCGCUCUCGUCUGGACGUUGCUGAAACAAGGCCCUUAUGGAAAGGCAGUGAUAAAACGAGCCCUGGUUGUGGCUCCCAGUAGUUUGUGCGGCAACUGGAACAACGAAUUUGUGCGCUGGCUGGGUCUGCACAGAAUUUCCCCUUUCGUUGUUGAAGGGAAGAAGAAGCCUAAGGAUUUUUUAAAGUCUCCGCGAGCUUCUGUGAUGAUUAUCAGCUACGAGAUGUUUGUCAGGAAUGUCGAGGAAAUUAACGAAAUUGGUUUCGACCUCCUGAUAUGUGAUGAGGGACAUCGACUGAAGAAUAGUGAACUCAAAUCGUUGAAGUCACUCAACCAGUUACGCUGUCGUCGACGGAUUCUCCUCACAGGAACACCGGUGCAAAAUGAUCUCCAGGAACUCUACACCCUCGUCGACUUUGUCAAUCCCGAGAUCCUCGAGAGUUGCAAUUCCUUCAGAAAAUAUUACGAGCAGCCAAUAGUUGCCUCGCAGAGGCCUGACGCCUCCGAGGAAGUCGUCUCAUUGGGCCAGGAGAGGGCCAAGGAACUUCACGAAAAAACGAAGGUCUUCAUCCUCAGACGAACCAACGAUCUGAUCAACAAAUACCUUCCACAAAAGCACGAAUUGGUUCUCUUUUGUCGACUUGCGCGAAGGCAGGAAGAAUUGUACACGGUGAUCACGGAUUUCUUGAUGGCAAAGGACAUUUUUCAGACGAAUGUCAUGCCUCUGCACACCAUCACGGCUCUGAAGAAGGUUUGCAAUCAUCCAAAUCUCUUUUUGAGUGAUCAGAGCAAUUUACUCGCGGAUUUGAAGGCGGCUAACUUGAAUUAUGCUUUUCCGAAAGCGGAUUCGAUGGAGGACUCGGGAAAAGUGAAAGUGGUUCAGGCUUUGCUGCGGAGUUUGAAGGAAACUUCGGAAAAAGUUGUGCUUGUUUCGUAUUUUACGCAGACGCUUGAUUUGUUGGAGAAACUUUGUAAUCUGGAAGGAAUGUCUUCUUGUCGAUUGGAUGGCAAUACCCCUACUGUUUCGAGAACUAAAAUUGUCGACAAGUUUAAUGCAAAAGGAAGUACAACACGUGUAUUUAUGUUGAGUGCGAAAGCUGGCGGAGUCGGUUUAAAUCUAUCAGGAGCAUCCAGACUAGUUUUGUUUGAUUCUGAUUGGAAUCCAGCUUCAGACGCUCAGGCAAUGGGAAAUGCACUUUUGACGACAGGAACCAUAGAAGAGAAAAUUUACCAAAGACAAAUAAGCAAAACUAGUCUCAGUGAAGCAGUUUUCGAUGCAAAUCACUUUGCAUCCCUAAAACUGUCAACCAGUGAAUUAAAGGAUCUGUUCACUUUAACGAACGAUACGUUUUCUUUGACUCAUGAUUUGAUGCAGUGUAAAUGUGCUGAUGACAUUCAGGAAAUUGAGGGAAACGAAGAUAAGGAGAACGAAGCCGAUCUCAAUGAAUCUCGAGAUUGUCAGUUAGAUUUGCAAAAGAGUCCUGAACAAAUAAACAUUACAAUUAAUCAACUUCUUCGAUGGAAACAUUUUAAAUUUCCAGUUUCUGAGGAACUUCUUAAGGAACUAUUAUUGCAUCAGAUCUCGGACAUCAUAACAUUUAUUUUUCAAAAUUCGAGUGUUUAGGGAUUUAAUUUUACGAAUUAUGUGAGUAAUAUUAGAUAUUAUUUUUAAGUAACUCAUUCUCGAUUCUAAAAAUUUCAGUAUUUUAUUUUUUUAAAUACAUUUCUUAAACUAAACUUCAGCUGAAAGUAU